GAUCACUCACCGGUAAACUGGCUUAAGAUGUUCAUCUCUGUGGCAGAUGGUGCAGUGGUGGUAAAUGUUGCCAAUCCAGCAUCAUGCAGCUUUACCUGCUUCAGAGAGAAAUGGGCAGAACAGGGGCAGCAUGUUCAAUACCUGGAAGCCAAUGUGGGUUGUGCUCUUAGAAGAUGGAAUUGAAUUCUACAAGCGGAAGGCCGACAACAGCCCUAAAGGGAUGGUCCCACUCAAAGGAAGCUCUAUUAACAGCCCCUGCCAAGACUUUGGCAAAAGAAUGUUUGUCUUCAAGCUCACUGCAGCCAAGCAGCAGGACCACUUCUUUCAAGCUGCCUACCUGGAGGAGAGAGAUGCCUGGGUACGGGACAUCAAGAAAGCAAUUCACUGCAUAGAUGGAGGCCAAAGGUUUGCCAGAAAAUCCACAAGAAAGUCUAUCAGACUACCUGAGACAAUCAAUCUGAGUGCUUUGUACCUCUCAAUGAAAGAUCCUGAAAAGGGAAUAAAGGAGUUGAAGCUGGAAAAGGAUAAAAAAGUGUUCAAUCACUGCUUUACAGGUACUUCUGUGAUUGACUGGCUGGUGUCUAGCAACUCCAUCCGAAAUCGUAAAGAAGGUCUCAUGCUUGCUUCUUCCCUCUUGAGUGAAGGUUACCUACAGCCUGCAGGGGAUACUUCCAAGGCUGCUGCUGAGGGACUGUCAGACAUUCCCUUCUUAGAUCUCUACGAUGCCUACUACUACUUUCCAGACAGUGGUUUUUUCUGCGAGGGAAAUUCUAGCGAUGAUGAUGUGGUCCUGAAAGAAGAAUUCAGAGGCAUAAUAGUCAAACAAGGGUGCUUGCUGAAACAGGGACAUCGGAGGAAGAACUGGAAAGUGAGGAAGUUUGUUUUAAGAGAGGACCCUGCAUAUCUUCACUACUAUGAUCCUGCUGGGGGAGAAGAGCCACUAGGAGCCAUUCACUUGAGAGGCUGUGUGGUGACAGCCGUGGAAGAUAUGCCAGACUCCAAGAAGUGUAAUGCUGAGAACAUCCUCUUUGAAAUCAUCACAGCAAACGAUACCCACUAUUACUUGCAAGCAGCCUCGCCUGCGGAGCGAACAGAAUGGAUCAAAGCAAUUCAGGCUGUUUCUAGGACUGGAAAGUGAGGAUGAUCUGCCAGUGAGAAUACAGAGAACUGAAAUUAGUUACUCUGAGCAAAACAAGAUACUUAAUAUUUCACUGGGAAGAAGCAAAAUCAUCCAGAAAGGCAUCCUCUAAGGCUUGUGGGUAGGGGUGAGGGUGGGUAGAAAGCUUCAAUUCUGCAGCAGGCACUAACAAACUAACAUCUUUUUCACUUGUGUUAUGGUAAUAAUUUACUAAACAUUACUAAACUAUAGCAUAGAACAUGCCAUAGUAGUGUGUGCUUCUUGGAGUAAUCAGCCUACCUUGGGAAGUUUGUACCUUAUACCCUCCCCGCCGCUACAGCUGAUAAUAAGAAUUCACCAUUAACAGAGGGCAGAGUCAUGUCACUGACUGGAAGUGUGGACCUCAACUUGUCACCUACCAUUCAGUGUUGUGGUUCAGUAUCUUCAGAUAUUGCAGUUUUCCCAAGACAAAUUUUACACUUCCUCCUUCACCAGCUAGUGAUCUUUCUACUGCCUUGUUCACCUACACAAGGAACGCCACAGAAGUAAGGAAAGAAACCAGCUCACUUGGAACCCUAAUCCACUCCUGUAUGAUCUUCAGUGUUCAGGAAGGGAUGAACUCUGAUAACUCUGGAAACACUGUGCAGAAAGCAAAUACAACUUAGUGACAGUGGUCAUAGAAUCAUGGAAUUGUUUUGGUUGGAAAAGACCUCUAAGAUCAAGUCCAACCAUCAACCUAAGAACACCAUAGCCAUUAAAGCAUGUCCCAAAGUGCCAUGUCCACAGGUUUUUUGAACACCUCCAGGGACAAUGUCUCCACCACAUUCCUGGGCAGCCUGUUCCAAUACCUGACCACUCUUUCAGGAAACCCCAGCU